AUGGUGAGCGCGGGCGAAAGGGAUGCCGAGGUAGACACGGACGAGAAGGAAGAGGCGCCGCCUCCGCCACCGCCUCCGCCGCCCGCUGAGCCGAAGGCGACCAGCAGGAGCCGGUCGUCCCUUCCGCGGGACCGGGAGGCGGACCGCAUGAAGAGGAAGUCCUCAAGCGGCGACCGCAAGAGGAAGAAGUCCUCGAGCGGCGAACGGGACCGCGACCGGAGGAAAAGAUCUCGCAGUCGUGACAGAAAGAAAAGCCGCUCCCGUGACAGAGAUAAGGAGAAAGACAAAGAGAAGGACCGCGACAGAGACCGGGACAGGGACAAGAAGAAGGAUAGAAAGGACAGGGACAAGGACAAAGAAAAGGAGAAGGAAAAGGAGAAGGAGAAGGAAAAAGAGAAGGACAAGGACAAAGAGCGAGAAAAGUCGAGGCGGCGAGACAAGAGCUCCGCGGCCGAGAAGUCGACCGAGAGCGCCGAGGAGGAGGACGAGGAGGACAUCGCAGCCAAGCAGAAGGCGGAGGAGGAGCUGGCCACCCAGCUCUUUCUGGAGGCGUGCGCCGCCACCGAGAUCCCGGAUAUAGCUGAGGGGGACGUGGACGCUGUUAAAGUGUCCAGCGAGCUCGACGCGGCGUUGGAGCCGAAAGACUCCAACCGGAAGGAUAAGGACAAGGACAAGCGGUCCUUCCUGGAAGAGGUCCUGGCCGAGGCUCGGCCGCCUGGAGGUCUGUCGAAGCCAGGCUCGAAGGAGGACGGCGAGAAGGAUGGGGCCAAGGUUGAUGGGCCGCUCGAGGAUCUCUUCAACUCGGGGAAGGGGGAGAAGGACCGCAAGCGCAGCCGCUCCAAGCGCAGCCGCUCCAAGCGCAGCCGCUCCAAGCGCAGCCGUUCCAAGCGCAGCCGCUCCAAGCGCAGCCGCUCGCGAGACCGAAGGACCGCCGCGACGAUCGUCGGGGUGGCCGAGACCGCUCGCGGGACAGGAAAGAUAGGAAGGUGGCUCAAGUUCAAGGCGCUCAAGACGCUCAAGGUUGUCUCCGGCAUGGACAUCGAGGCCGAUGGCACUGGCGCCGCGCAGGGCCUAGCGGCGUUUCAGACGAGCGGCACCGCGGAUUCGGAUGCUGCCAGGACGUUGGCCGAGAUGGAGGCCAUCGAGGUCGACUCGGUGGACGGCGCGAACACCAGUGCCCUGCUCUUGAAGCUCCCCACCACCUUCCAGGAGUUGGCGGUCGUCCUGACGAAGUUCGGCUGCAAUUUGGAGACGGCCGACCCUUGGACGCUACUCGGCUUCGCACGGCUCGAGCGCCCCGACCCCGCCAGCGUGGACAUCAUCGCGCGGGGGCGGGCAGCUCGCAUGGUCAUCUCAUUGGCCACUGUUCCGGGGUGGUCGGCUGCUGAUACUGCCAAGGAGUUGCUGAGGGUUCUGCAGGAGCGCCGCCGCAUCAAACCGGAUCGUCUGCCGAUGUACAAUGAUCUGGGGUUCGAUGCGGUUCGGACGAUCACGUCCAAGUCCGAGCCCGACUUCGUGCUCUUCACCCAAAGGUCCGACGUGCUCCGCGUUCGCGACCCUUCCAUACGCGACCCGAAGGCCUCUCGGGAGGUCGCGGCCUUGGCCGAGAAGGGCAACGAGACACUCUGGGACACAGUAGCGGGCCCGAGUGUUGCAUUUUGGACUCCCUGUGGCAAUAACUCGCUGACCAGGAGUCUCCUGAGCAUCGUGGAAACGCCGCGCGUCGCGCUCGACCCGGUCUUCCCCGGCUACUUCCCAGUCUUCGACUUUACCGCAAUCCUCCGCGAGAUCCGCCGCGCGGUCCUCGCAACCUCGAUUUGCGUCGGGCUCGAGGGCGCGGCUGCUGACGCCGACGCAUUCAUCUCGGAGUGCAACGGGCAGGGUGUCUUUCACCAGUACUGGCGUCUCUGCUCGCAGAUGCCCGUGCUCAGCCCCGCUCGGAUUUUGGUGGUCUCUGGCGCCUCGGUCGCGACGUGGACGUCGGUCAUGGGCGAGGACGAGGGCGACCCCCGGGCUGGCGAGUUCCACCGCGUCGCCCGCAGCCGCCUGCCCGCCGCCGGCGAGACGGGGGACGACCCGGGGGGGGGGUUGCAUUGCGCCUCCGUCGCCGUCGCGCCCGGGCCGCCGUUCGGCUUCGCCUGCGAGCUGCCGCGCUUCACAUCGCGGGCGUUGUCCUCCGCGGACGUCCGCCGCUUCAUGGCCAAGACUGCAUGCGUCGCCAAGCUCACUUUAAAGACUGACAUUCGCAUGGUCACCGACGCCAGCGGCUCCGACACGAGCAAUUCCACCUGGGGCCCCCCCGCCGAUACCACCGCGCGGCGGUCGGAGGGCCCCUCCCAUUGUCAGGCGGGCGUCGGCGUGAUCAUUCGCGAUUCAUGUCUCAAGCAUUUCUCGUGGCUGCCCCGCUGGGUGCACAUCUGGAGAAGACGGGCCUGUCUCCGCGGCCCCUUUGGCGCGCUGGGCGCCGCGGUGGCCUGCGCUCGCGCGGGCAAUCGCCACGCGCCAGAAGAGCGCGUCUUGGACGGAGUUCCGGCUUUUCGAGACGAGCAGCACUUCAAGACGCUCAUCGGCGAUGAGUUCGGCAUGGCUGAGAUGUGCCAGGGCGAACCGGCGAACCCUCGCGCAUCGGCUUCGGCGCGGUCUCGCAUCGACCGCAUCUACGCCAACUACCACCUGGCGGACCAAUUGAACAGGCGCAUCCGGCGUGCUGCCCUGGAGUGGCGCCAUGACUUCUCGCGCCGCCGCGCCGUCCUCUGCGCCGGGCGCGCCCCGCUGCAUGGCGACGUCGAUCGCCGGAUUGAGUCGGAGCUUUCUGUUCCCGUGCCAGCAGCUUGCGCGGAGGACCGGCUAGGCGUCGCGAUGAAGUUUAUUCGCGCUGCGGAGGCUGGCAGCCCGGGCGAGAUCUCGGCCCGCCCCGCGCGCCAUCCCGGUCUUCGGGAGGCAGCGGGCGACCCCUACGUCGUCGAGGGCAACCGGAAGCAUUGGUCCGAGGUUUUCAAGGCUCAGGGCGCGGGCCAGGCUGCGCUCCAGCAGCGGGCGGCCGAGGGCGAGGGCGCCCGACCAUUAUCGGGCGCGGCGCCGCUCGACGCGCCAGGGUUCCAGUUAUCUCGUCGACGCAUUCGUCAGGCCAUCGAGCAGUCCAAAAAUUCGCCACCCUGUCCGGGCGGGAUCCUGCCCCAGGCGCGGCGACGGAACAUCCCGUUGUCCACCGCGGUCUCGUUCGACAGCGUCGCCAACGCCGACAGCGGGCUGUUGGCCAACGCGGCGCGCGUCCUCAUCGAGCCGAUCAUCGGCCCGAGGGAGGCUUGGGCAUAUGCCGCCUGCGCUUCCGACGAGGCGGGGGCCAUCUACUUUGAUUUCGCGGCCGCCUUCCCCCUUAUCGAGCACGACUUCCGCGCGGCCGUCAUCGAGUCGCCUGACUGGCAACGUUGGCCCCGGAACUUCAUUGGCGCGCUGUGCCGCGGGAAUUUCUGCGACAUUGUCUUGGGCGGUGCCCGGCGCCGCGGGCUCGAGGUCCACAGGGGUAUGCGGCGGGGGUUUCUGUUGUCCCCGUUGCUCUUCGCCGUUGCGGCGGACCUGCCGUUGCGCCAGCUGGCCCCGGCCGAUCUUUCGGGCGCAUUGCGCGCCUGCGCGGGCGACGCGGCCCUGGUCGACCCGAUGCUAAUGCAGCGCCUCGGCUUGCUGGAACGCUGGAUCCAUGGCGACAUCUUGCUGGCUCUCUCGACUGUGGGCUUCCCCCGGAAAUUCCCCGACGCGCACCGCAGUGGAGGCGUUCGCGUUCUGGCACGCGCGACGGCCCUUCGCGAGAGGAUGGGUGACCUGGGCAGCGUGCAGAGGUUGGGCGCGGGCGCCCGCCAUGCCUCGGCCGCGUCGACCUUUCUCUUCUCCUUGGAGGCCGCAGUGCACGCUGCGAUGGCUUUGUUCAGCGCUGUGCACAAGCGCCGCCGCCCAGAAUAA